GAACAGCUGAUCGGUCUCGAAUCUGAUAUCCUAGGACCCAAAAACUUCGUAGCAGCAGCUCGUCGCUGGCCUUUCUUUCUUACUUACAUACAUAUAUAUAUUUACGUCUCUCCUCGCGGAGGAAGUCAGAGAAAAAGAAAGAAAAAAAGAUGGCGAUCUCUCAGAUCUGGGUUACUGUAGGAAUACUUGCUCUUCUCUUUGUAUCAACAUUUGCAGACGAUGUAGUCGUCCUUACUGAACAGAACUUCGAGGAGGAGAUUGGACAGGAACGAGGGGCUCUUGUCGAAUUUUACGCGCCGUGGUGUGGGCACUGUAAGAAGCUUGCUCCAGAGUACGAGAAACUUGGUGCAAGCUUUAAGAAAUCCAAAUCUGUUUUGAUUGGAAAGGUGGAUUGUGACGAGCAUAAGAAUCUGUGCAGCAAAUAUGGGGUUACUGGAUAUCCUACAAUUCAAUGGUUUCCCAAAGGUUCCUUGGAACCAAAAAAGUAUGAAGGACCACGUACUGCUGAAUCCCUUGCUGAAUUUGCAAAUAAUGAAGGAGGGACCAACGUGAAGAUAGCUGCAACCCCAUCAAAUGUGGUGGUGCUAACAGCAGAUAAUUUUGAUGAGGUUGUUUUGGAUGAAAGCAAGGAUGUUCUGGUUGAGUUUUAUGCUCCAUGGUGUGGCCAUUGCAAAAAUCUUGCUCCUAUCUAUGAAAAGGUGGCAACCGCAUUUAAAAUGGAGGACGACGUAGUAAUUGCAAAUCUGGAUGCUGACAAAUACAAGGAUCUGGGUGAAAAGUAUGGUGUUAGUGGCUAUCCUACAUUAAAAUUCUUCCCAAAAAGCAACAAAGCUGGUGAGGACUAUGAUGGUGGCCGAGAUGUAGAUGACUUUGCGAGUUUCAUCAAUGAGAAGUGUGGCACUAGCCGAGAUGGAAAAGGGCAGCUCACUUCAAAAGCGGGUAUUAUCACAGAUCUUGAUGCGUUAGUGAAGGAAUUUAUAAGUACUGGCGAUGGUGAGAAGAAAGCACUCUUCUCUAAGUUGGAAGAGGAGGUUGAGAAGCUCAAGGGUUCAACAGCAAGGCAUGGUAAGAUUUACUUGAAAGCUGCCAAGAGCUGUUUGGAAAAAGGUUCUGGUUAUGCGAAGAAUGAAAUAGAACGGCUACAGCGUAUACUUGAUAAGUCGUCAAUCAGCCCAGCCAAGAUUGAUGAGUUCACACUGAGGAAGAACAUCUUAUCUACAUUUGUUUAAUCAGAGCUCGAUGCUGACCUAUAUCUCUCUUGGGUUGUGGUGUUUCCAUUUCUUAGGGCUUGUUCCCUCAAGUUCAUUAAGCUGGAGAAACAAAUCAAACAAUAGCCUGAUAUUUACAUGAGCUUCCGUUUGCUGCAUGGGAGGCCUCAAAAUUUAAAAGAGUAUAUUCUUGAGCCGUGGAAUAGAGUGCAGAACAAUUUUGGGGUUACGCUAGUAAUUAUUUCUGAUUGACAGUAAUGUCUUUAAAUUUAGAUAUUACAUUUUCCACUCUAGCAUUUUUAUUUUGCACCGCUCGUUAUUGUUGUAACUUUGCAUAGCUAAAAGCCUAAAAGUGUUUAAGAAAUUUGAAGUGUACCUCCAUUAGAGGUAAAUGACGUUAACAUGGUUAAAUGGAACUUUUUCUAAUCA